AUGCCACAAGGCAUGCGAGGCUUCUAUCCCGGCAACAUUUCACAACUUUUUCUGGACGUCUAUCUGCAUACUGGAUGUCAUGUCCAAAUUUCCAGAAGCGAUGGGCAUGAGGAUGAUAGAUUUUCGGCCCUGGAGAUCUCGGGGACUGUGUUGAGUAUCAGGCUGGCCAAGGGGAUUCUUGAUCGAGCUGUGCAGCUGGAGAGUGAUAAGGAUUUGAACGACAAGGGCAGUAUGGGUAGUUACACGACUACUGCUACGUCUAUUCCAAUGACGAAAGCUGCUCCUCGUUCUGUUUGGAGUAGCCGCCGUACGGCCUCGAAAGAGUUAUCGAAGGUCCGAGAACCGAAGAUCUGGUCUAUUCCUAAUUUCGCUGGCUACGUCGAAGAUCUCGUCAAUUCGACCACACCUCCUCUUCGCCACCAAAAACCAUCUGAAACACCACUAUCGCAACCACAUAUCGAUCUUGUCACAGAGCGCUUGACAUCUCUCUACGUGGAUCCCAAAAUCAUCCCCUGCGCCUCCAUGCACGCCACAGUCAAAAUCCUCCAGUACCUCACCCAACACCGCAAAAUUCCCGAAGUUCGCCGCAUCCUUGACCUCAUCGAUAUUCGUUCAAAAGCCACCCCAACUCUAUCUCUUAUUCUGGCAAACCCAGCAAUCUUCAACGUCCUCCUCCACUCCGCCUCUGAAGCACUAGACCUACAUUCUUACAACUUCCUCCUUCGCAUGAUGACAGACAGGAAUGUCGCACCCGAUGUCACGACUUGGACAUCCUUGCUGUAUCUGAUCCAAAAGUUCAGUCCGAGGAAUGUGAAGUAUGUCAUCAACACCAUGCGGUCUCGCCAUCUGCUUGACUCUCCAGCAUCCAGAAUCGCAAUAGCCAACAUCACAGCCCAAAGGGAUGCCGCCGAAUGGCUGGCCAGAGGAGAAUCCAUCUUUGACUUUAUCGACCACUACGAUAAACUGUGGGAAGGUAAGGAAUGGCUGGACACGCGGGCCUGCAAUCAAAUCCUCACUUCACUAAUCGAAUCUGGGAACUUGGAGGAUUGUUUGCAUAUGGUGCGGAUGCUGGGCGACAGAGACCGCAAACCGAACCUGGUCACCACGCAUAUUCUCCUCGGUGCUGCCGCGCAAUACCGCGAUUUGGCCUUCUCCGUCCGCGCUCUGGAAGCUACAAUCACGGACCUGACCCCUGAUCGCGACACUUUCGACCAAUUCGCACUGGUCGCUUGGAAAUGCAGAGCGUAUAACACUCUACGCGUCGUGUGGAGACAUGCAUGCCUCACAGGAAAUGUGUCACAUGGCUUUAUGAAGAAGAUGCAAAAGAAUUUUGCAGAGGCUUUGCCUGCGGAGAGCAGGAAGGAUGUCAUAGUGGAUGGGUCGGGUGUCGAGAGAGUCAAGACUGGCGGUCGCUGUGGGGAUCGAUGGAACGAUACCAAUCACAUCUUGGAAGUCAGAACCGUGCCCUACAGAAGUGUCACCGGAUUACGCAACUUCCAACAUGACCAACACAUCAACUCCGCCACCGACAUCACAAACAUCACCGAUUUCACCGAUGGAUCCUCUCACCCAGGAAACCACGGAAACCUCACCAUCACCAUCACCAAUUCGACCUUCUAA